AUGCAUCAAUGCGUCAAAUGCGGAGCUUGCUUUCGCCAUACGCGAAAACUCGUGGAGCACCUGAAGAACCUUCACAAUAUCGAUCGAGCUUUCAGCUGUGACGAGUGCGAUAAGACGUUUCGUAGUCCGAUGAACAUAGCUCGCCACAAACUGAUCCAUACCGGAUUGAAGAUGUUCAUCUGCGAUCUCUGCGAGUAUAGCACUAAUCAAAAAUCCAAUCUGGAAUGCCAUCGUCGCCGACACGCGAAGGAUUAUAGUUUCAAGUGCGAGUUGUGCGACAAGGGUUUCUUUCACAAGACCGAAUAUCUGGAGCACCAGAAUGCGCAUACGAAUAAGAAUUUGUAUCGUUGCGAGCAUUGUUGCAAGUACUAUUUCUACAAGAAGAACCUGUCAGUGCACCUGGUAACGCAUCACACGAGCAAACAGACCGCGAAGAACACGAAGACGAGGCAUGUGUGCAGGUUCUGUCCGGAAAGAUUCGUCUACAAAAGACUGCUGAAGAGACACAUGAAGAAUCAGCACGGAUUCACGGAACACGCUCCGACGAAACACCUAUGCGAUCUGUGCGGCGCAGAAUUGUCAUCCUUAAGACGAUUAACGGUGCACAAACGUAAUCACGUGGGCGAGAAGAUCUUCGAAUGCGACACGUGCGACAAGAGAUUCGCCAGCAAAGAGAACCUGAGUAUCCACAAACGAACGCACACAGGUGACAAACCAUACGUGUGUCCACAGUGCAGUAAAAGUUUCACACAGAGGACUUCGUUGGUCUUGCAUCUACGAUAUCACACGGAUCAGAGGCCUUAUCAGUGUCCGGAUUGUGGCAAGAGUUUCGUGUCCAACUCUUUGCUCAAGAGGCAUCGCAAAGUGCACGAGAAAACCGUGCAGCCGAAGAUACGAUGA